AUGAAGUACUGUGAGGCGCUGCCCAGGGCCAGUCUGACUGUAGAGCCACAAUGGCACCCCCUGUACACUGGAGAGAGAAUCACCCUGAAGUGUGAGGUGGACUCUCACAGCAACUGGACAUAUUUCUGGUACAAAGACCAGCUCCAAACAGCCAUCUUCCAGACUGUAGGCCACAGUGUAACUGGUGACACUUACACCAUCACUGCAGCUGCUGUGUCUGACCAGGGGCAGUACUGGUGUGAGGGGCAGCUGGAGGGGAGAAAUGUGACAUCACAGCGCAGUGAUCCUGUUACUCCGACUGUGAGAGAGAGUCCAAAGCCUACACUGAUCCUGCAUCCUGACUGGCCCCAGAUAUUCACUGGAGAGACCAUCACUCUGAGGUGUCAGGGUGAGAAGGGCAGGAGGCAGGGGUACAGCUGGUACAAGGGUAGAAGAGUGGUACACCGGUCUCCUUCCUCCCGUGAAGACACCUACACCAUCACAUCUGCUACUGAGGACCACAGCGGAUCAUAUUACUGUUAUGGCUCUGCCUGGAGUAACGCUGUGACACUGAGCAUUUCAGAGAAACCCCAGCCUGUCCUGACUGUCUCUCCACAUGAGCAGGUCUAUGAAGGAGAGUCUGUCACUCUGUCCUGUCAGGUUACAGUGCCCUCUGCUGGCUGGAAAUAUUACUGGUACAAGAAUGGAUCACAUUUCUUCGUCUACUCUGCCAGUGGAGCUAAAGGCUCCUACACAUUCAGGCCUGCUGCUCUUACACACUCAGGGCAGUACAGGUGCAGAGCUGGGAGGGGAAGCCCAGGAUGGCGCACAGAGUACAGUAACCCAGUCCAGAUCCAGGUAUCAGCACUGCCCAGGGCCACUCUGUCUGUAGAGCCACGAUGGCAGCCCCUGUACACUGGAGAGACUGUUACCCUGAAAUGUGAGGUGGAUUCCUGCAACGACUGGACAUUUUACUGGUACAGAGACUGGGUUCAGUCAGCAGUGUUUCAGACUGGUGGCAAGACAGUAAAUGGUGGCAGUUACACCAUAACUUCAAAGAUUUAUACCCAGAGACAAUAUUACUGUGAGGCGCGGCUGGAAGGGAGGAAUGUCAGAUCACAGCGCAGUGCUCCCAUCACUCUGACUGUGGAAGCACUGCCCAGGGCCACUCUGUCUGUAGAGCCACGAUGGCAGCCCCUGUACACUGGAGAGACUGUUACCCUGAAGUGUAGGGUGGACUCCUACAACGACUGGACAUUUUACUGGUACAGAGACUGGGUUCAGUCAGCAGUGUUUCAGACUGGUGGCAAGACAGUAAAUGGUGGCAGUUACACCAUAACUUCAGACACUUUGUAUACCCAGAGACAAUAUUACUGUGAGGCGCGGCUGGAAGGGAGGAAUGUGACAUCACAGCGCAGUGCUCCCAUCACUCUGACUGUGGAAGCAAAACCCCAGCCUGUCCUGACUGUCUCUCCACAUGAGCAGGUCUAUGAAGGAGAGUCUGUCACUCUGUCCUGUCAGGUUGCAGUGCCCUCUGCUGGAUGGAGAUAUUACUGGUACAAGAGUGGAUCAUCUUCCCAGCUCCCUGCUACCAGUGGAGCUAAAGGCUCCUACACACUCAGCCCUGCUGCUCUUACACACACAGGGCAGUACAGGUGCAGAGCUGGGAGGGGAAACCCAGGAUGGCGCACAGAGUACAGUAAACCAGUCCAGAUCCAGGUAUCAGCAAAACCCCAGCCUGUCCUGACUGUCUCUCCACAUGAGCAUAUCUAUGAAAGAGAGUCUGUCACUCUGUCCUGUCAGGUUGCAGUGCCCUCUGCUGGAUGGAGAUAUUACUGGUACAAGAGUGGAUCAUCUUCCCAGCUCCCUGCUGCCAGUGGAGCUAAAGGCUCCUACACAUUCAGCCCUGCUGCUCUUACACACACAGGGCAGUACAGGUGCAGAGCUGGGAGGGGAAACCCAGGAUGGCGCACAGAGUACAGUAACCCAGUCCAGAUCCAGGUAUCAGCAAUGCCCAGGGCCAAUCUGACUGUAGAGCCACAAUGGCGCCCCCUGUAUUACACUGGAGAGACCAUCACCCUGAAGUGUGAAGUAGAUUCCUACAACAGCUGGACGUAUUGGUGGGAUACUGUGGUAGGGGAGGUCACCACCACGUUUAUACUGUCCCAUAUCCUUGGCCUUAUUGAGGCUCUGAGUGGUGGCCGAAGGAUACGGACAGUUCAGAGGGCAAAUGGUGACCUGGGGGCCGUCCUUGGGGGUGCACGUGUGGCCUCAGGUUGCCUGCGGGGGUCCUGCUGA